CAAAAUAAUUUUAUUUUAUUUUUGUCACCCUUAGCUUUUGACAAUUAUCACAAUUACCAUUCUGAAAUUUGUGUUUUUUGCCAUGAAAUGGCGAUGUUGAUAAUUAUCAAAAACUAAGAGUGGCAAAAGUGAAAUGCUAACAUCUAGAGUGGCAUAAGAAAAAAUUGAUAAAAUCUAGAGUGACAAAAACAAAAUUUCCCAAGAUAAAACGUUUCCAAAUAAAUACUCGUCGAAAAUAUAGAAAUCUGACGCGGUGUCUUCCUCGUUCACAGAUCUCCUCACACCACCCGCCUCCGUCGCCGAAAGCACGGUUGCGGUUGCUCUCACGGCCGCCCCGCUACAUCGAACUCACGGCGCUUGUUGCCUCGAGGAACGGAGGAUUUGGCCGCCGAGGACGUCUGCCGCCGCUUUCUGCCACUCUACGGCGAGCCCGCGUCGGUAACAGCGGGGAAGGCGACGGGCGAAGAAGGGAGGAUUUUACCGCCGGUGGAGGACAUAAACAGUGGAUUUUCCGGCGUUGGUUCUGCCGUCCAAGGGAUUUUCAGAGUCGGAAAAGAAGUGGUAUGUAUCAGGAUUCAGGAAUCCGAGACCAUUUUUCUUCUUUCGAUUUCGAUUCGAAUUGAGGGAGCUGGAACCGUCCAUAAAAGCCCAACCAAGGGAGAUCUCUGGACGAAGAAAUUAGCCAGCAGAGAUGGCCGCCGGCAACCAGCGGAAGCGCCUCUUUGUGGUGAUGGAGGACAUGAAGCCUGAUUAUUUUGUGCACAGCAUCGACAUCGAGCAUAUGUUCCAGUCCGGCUCCGGCACCUCCCGAGGGGCUGCCAUGGAGAUCCGCGACCUCCCCAGCCCCAUGGGGCAGAUCCCCAAGCCCCUCGCCAACCCGGAGCGCAUCGACUUCGCCCUCGCCUGCGACGGCGCCACCUUGGUUGGCGUCAGCAACCUCAAGCGCACCGUCUUGUACGACACGAGGUCCGGCGCCUCGUCCGCCGGACCGGAGCUCCAGCACGGCAAGACCGGCGGCACCUACGUCAUCCCGCUGGGACGCAGGCUCUACGCGCUCAAAUGCCGUCUCAACAGGUCCGACCAAGGGAAGCCCUCCGGCGAGGACUGCACCCUCCUCAUCCAGGACGCCGGCGGCACCCGCCUCAGGCUGGACUGCUCCUCUAGCUCAUGGCGCGACCUCCCAGAGCCCCCGCCCGACUUCCGCAGCCUGAACGGCUUCCAGAUCGAUUGCCAGCUCUCCGCCUACUUCACCGCCGGCGCGCGCAUCUGGGUCUCGGCGGAGGAGAGGGGCACCUACUCUUUCCACACCGUCCGCCGCCAGUGGCGCAAGGAGGGCGACUGGCAGCUGCCCUUCCACCACCGCGCCGUGUUCGUCCCAGAGCUCGACAACCUCUGCUUCGGCCUCAGCUCCAAGGACCGCUGCCUCGUGGCCGUCGACGUCCGGCAAUCCCCGCCGGUCGUCCGGUACAACUGGGAGGGCACAUUCCCCAGCUGGGCCCGUGACAACGGCAACCUCUGCGGCCUCAUGCCGGAAGGCAGCCUGGUGUACCUCGGGGACGGCAGGUUCUGCAUUGCUUGGACUGUCUUGAUGAUUGACAAUGUCGAUGGCCACACGCACUACUUCCUCCACUUGAUGGCCGUGCAACUCAUCAGGACCUCUUCUACCGGCUCCGGCAAGAAGCAUCUGCGGAUGGUCAAGCGCGGAGUUUGCUGCUACGAGAUGCCAAGCCAUGGCCUCAUGGCUCAUGUUUUCUAACCACACUAGUUGUAUCCUUGCACUUGGAGGAAUUGACUGCUUAUUGGAGGUCUCUCGGCAAAUCCUUGAUGAAGCAGCUGCGGAUGGUCAAGAGGGGAUAACUUCAGCUUCAGACUAUUUAAUGGAGUACUAUGAUUACUAGUAACAGCCAUGAACUCUGAAUGUUCAAUCUUACCUCAAACUUGCCAUGUUGUUAGUUUCCAAACUUUCAUGUUUUCUAUGCUGUUGUUGCCUUGUUGGGCAGUGAAAUCUGUUUAAUGUAGGUUUUGUACAACGUA